UGUGACAUCAAAAUGAUCUAUCUGUUCUUCCUCUAAAUCCUAACCUUCACCCCAUACACACACUUUAACACAAUUGUGUCCCCUCCAUUGGGCACAUAGCUCUCCUUGACUUCCCAGCAUUUCUGUCUGUGUGCCUUUGCACCUCCUCCCCCCUCCACUGUGGAUUUCCUCUCAGACAGGGAGCGUGUGGUGUGUAAUCAGAUGGCAACGAAUGAUAAUCCAGCAAUACACCUACUCUGUCUGUCCUGUUCACUUAGAGCUAAACGAGAGAGCAAGAGUGGAGGAGAGGAAAGAAGUGAAGGAGGCGGGAGCCGUCUGGGCAGAGGGGAAGGAGACGAGAGGGGGAAGUGGGAGUAGAUACUUCAAUAUGGAGGAAAGUCAACGACCUACAUCUGAGAUCUACCUCCCAAGCAUCAGUCUUGGAUCUGUGGACACUGAAACAGUGGAGGAGCAUGAGCUGCCAAUUAUUUCUUUAUCCAAAAGCUCAACAGAAAUGGUGAGUGGGCCUCCUCAACGAACGGAGCUGGCAUGGUACAGUCAGAACUUGCGAAAGAGCGCAAGCAGUGCAGCAUGUACUCAAAGGCCUGUCAGUCUGGGUGGACCCUCGACGGAAGUCCCUGUGAAUGUUUGUGACCAAGAACAGUGGAGCAUGUGCAGUGGCAACAGUACCCCUGAGACUGUAAUCUGGCAUGGAGGAACUGCAAGAUCCUGGAGCUUCAUGGAGGACUCACCCAGAAGGACUCCAAUGCAAGAUCCACUCCUGGGGCAAAAUCAGGUCCAUAGUGGUGUGAAAUGUGUGCCACACUCACCAUCCACAAAUAGGGAUUUAAGGAUGAAGGGUCUUGUGUGCAGAGAGGGAUGUUGUCAAUGUUGCAGACCUGCAGAGAACCUGACAGGAUGCAGUUGUUGCAAAGCACCUUGUAGAAUGAGUUCUUCGGGUCUUAGCAACAACUUCACACCACAGGGAGCGAAUACAGAAGACAACGCUCAGAGCAACUGUGACAGCCAUCAUUUAACUGCAUGCCAUAGAUCUACCUUUUCAGGACAUAUGAUAAGCACUACCUGUUUGAGGAAUACUUGCAGUGUUGUUCCAUGCCCUGGGCAUUUUAUAUCACGGCCACCUUGUGAAGGAAGCCCUUGUGCGGGACAAAGAACACUGCUCCAUUCAGGCUUGCUUGGUUUUCCACCACUUGUGACCUCAGUCAGCGAGACCAGACUUGACAGCCGGAGUACAGGCCAUUGCUGUGGAUCCGAGUUAAGAGGGCAGAACUCUUCCUGCCUUAGACUAGACAGAACAGGCCAAACUGGCUUUAACAGGACAGUCAAAGAUGCCACUACUAUGACAUCUGACCAUGAGCUCAGAGAUGUUGGUGUCCAGACUGUGUCUGAUUCCCUUGCUUCCCCUCUUCCUCACAUAUUACCUGAAAUUAGUUUGAGAGUGGAUCCUAUCUUGGACACAUGUUUGACCGCGGAACACAUGUGCCACAGGACCCCUGUGAAGGAGGUGGAAUGGGAUGCUGAGGGUAUGACCUGGGAAGUGUAUGGUGCAGCUGUGGACCCCGAAGAGCUUGGCCUAGCAAUCCAAAGGCAUCUAGAACUUCAGAUCGAAGAGACUGCAGCUGCUGCAGCUGCGGUGGCUCAAACGGAAGACUCCAUGGACAAUGUCACUAGCCUGGCACUGCAGCCCAGGCAACGGAAGAAGAGCGAAGGCAUUAUAAGAACACUGCGCAGUUCAGCGUGUUGCUCUAACGUCAGUACUGUGGGAGACUAAAGUGAUCAGUGAAGGGCCGGAGCUUGUCUUUUCAGUAUGUGGAUGUCUAGAAAAGGUAUAACAGAAAGGUAAAGGCUUUUGCUUGAAGGUGGAAAUGGAUUGAAAAUAGCUCUUUGCAUACUGUAUAUAUUUAUUUAGCUAAAGCAAAUUGUCCUUCAAAUAAUAUCUCUAAAUAUUCCAAAGCCUUGUCUGUUUAGUGGAAGCUAUUAAAGCUCCACUACUGAAUCAGUAGAGCAGUGAUGUUUGGAGUUACAUUGCAAGCUAGCGUUGCAUAGAGCUGCCAUUCAAAGUUUACAUAUAAUGGUGUGUUUCUACCUACCUUCACACAUGGUCUUGUCCCUGUCUUGACCUCCAGUUUAUCUUUUAGAUACCCCCUUUGGCUUGAAAUACCAAGCACUGAGUAUUGUCUUUUUAAUGCUUAUUAUAGGCUAAAAAUGUCUGGUUGUACUUGUUGGAUUUUGUCAAGCAAACAACAGAUUACUGAACAUUAUCUAGGGAUGCAUUAAAAUUAGUGGAACUCUUGGAAAUCCUGAAGUGCUCCCUGGAGCAGAUCUGAAGACUAGUUCUAGUCAGUCUAUGUGCUAGCCCUCAAAUUAUGGUGGAUUUAGAUUUCUUUGUUUUCUGUUCUAACAGAUUCAUGAUGUUAAACCCUUUAUAGUCAAUCAUAAUCCACCAGCACUAAAUGGCAGAAAUUUCAGUACAA